AUGGAUCGCUCAAACUCUCUGUCUUCCAGCUCCUCGAAUGCACACAAUGGCUCACGACCUGCUUCAUCGGGCCCCUUUGCGUAUCAAACGCGUUUAUUGGAACGCACUUCUUCAAGAGGAGGCUCAAGCUCAUUGUCACGAAGUAGCUCACAAUCUAGCAUUAGUAUCUUGACCAAUUCCACGGGAUCGUCGGUUGGAUCUGUUGUGCCCAGGAGAUGGACUCCUUCACACAGGGUGGGAAACAGUCUGGACGCUGUACGAGGAAAAUGGGAAGAACGGUCUCGAGAAUCCUAUAUCGAGGACGUUUUGAAUGCGAGCUCAACCCCGACGAAAGAACCGUUGCGAUCUAGAAGCCACAGUGUAGCUAAUAACACAAAUGCCUCCGCCACUUUCGACAAUCAUAAUUUCCUCGAUCCCGAUCGACCGCUUACCCCUACGUCAAUUACUUCAACACCUACCAGGGAUAAUCACACUACCCCCAAGUAUCUAAAGAGGCAGACGCUUCCUGCUCCUAUCAUAACAACCCCCUUAUCUCCAAAUUCCACAGGUGUAUCAGUGGAAGUUGAUUCAUCACUUUCCUCCACCCCUCAACGAAUACACAUACCCCAUGUUGCAUCGACAAAUGCCAUCCCAUCGUUUCAUGUGAACACAAAAGACGACCUUUCGAAUACUUUUGUGGGGCAGCACAUAUCCUCCAGUGGGUCUACCCAAACCCGAGUUCAUAGGGCCCACACCCUAGAUUCUUCUACGCCUCAAUGGAUGGGAACUAUCACUCCGAGGAGCGACCGGGCGAAUGCAAAAUCCCCCCAACAAUCUGAGUCUCCUAAUUUAACAGAGUAUUUGUUCGUCAAAAACUCAGGGCCUGGAACCACCGCCGAAAGUCCUGUAAAGCGAUCAUUUCCUCGUCCUCUGUCCCGAAAUGGCACUGUCACCUCAAACUCGAGGGAUCUACCAUCACCCAACACCUCAAGUUCAAGUACUCCCGGAUCAUCCCCAAUGCAUCCGACUCCAUACCGAAGUUCAUAUAUGGCAAAUAAAAAGGCGGAUUCCUACAGCGAAAUUUUGUCAGUCACCGGAAAGCGAAGACUCGGUAACCAUCUUCCUCGCAUUGCCAGUGGUGAUGCUGAUGAUUCAUGGGUCGAUGAUUCUCAGCCACAAAGGACAGAAAGCUCUCCAACUCAACGCACCCGAGCAUUGCAGAGCCGAGACAUCAGUACAGAUAGGCACCAAGCCAAGGUGUCGCCUUCCGGUGUCGUUCAUAAUGAUGGCAUUGCAGGGUUGCCUGGUCGCAUCCCUCUAAAAGCACCUAAUCCCAAUAUGAUUGCUCCUACUCCUUCUUCGCGUCUUCUCGGUGGCUCAUGGGCCGAUAAACAACGACAUCUCCUUCACGCCUACGAAUAUCUAUGUCAUGUUGGAGAAGCCCAGCAAUGGAUCGAAGGAUGCUUGGGAGAAGAACUUGAGUUUGGUGUUGUUGAGAUGGAAGAGGGUCUUCGAAAUGGCGUGGUACUGGCCAAACUUGUUAGGACAUUCAUGGGGGAUGCUGCUGUCCGAAAAAUCUAUGAGGCGCCCAAAUUAGAUUUCCGACAUUCCGACAAUAUCAACCACUUUUUCAAAUUCGUACGAGACGUGGGACUCCCUGAGGGUUUUAUCUUUGAGCUAACAGAUUUGUACGAGAAGAAGAACUUGCCGAAAGUUAUUUAUUGCAUUCAUGCAUUGAGCCAUCUUCUUGCCCGGAGGGGUAUGGCACAACGAAUAGGCAAUCUUUUGGGCCAUUUACACUUUUCUGAUGACCAGUUACAACAAACACAAAAGGGGUUGAAAGAAGCAGGUGUUCCUAUGCCAAACUUUGGUAAUGUUGGUAGAGAGUUGGCAAAAGAAAUCAAUGAAGAACCCGAAGUCGAAAUUGAGACCGAUGACGAAAGGCGCGACAGGUUGCUUCUUGAAAACGAAUCUUCGAUUAUAAUGCUUCAAUCACGUGCUCGUGGUUAUCUUGCAAGGAAGGCCUUGGUCGUAUUCAAGGGCAGAAUUCGCCUUGCGGAACGGCAUGUCAUCAAAUUACAAACCCAAGCCAAGGCAGUUUUGGUUCGCCGUCAACUGCUUGCUCAGAGAAAAUCGCAUGAUCUAUUAUUUUCGUGGGCAAUCGCACUUCAAGCUCGAGCUCGAGCUGCCUUGGUGAGGCAACGCUGGCGUGCACGUCUGCGCUCUUUGAAAAGAGCGACUAAUUCUAUAAUCGGACUCCAAGCCCAAAUACGGGGUGUACUUCAACGUCGACGAUAUCAGCGUUUCAAAGCUGCCUUGCGAAAGAUCAAUUUCCCUACAAAGUUCUUACAGGCCGCUGCUCGUGGUGUGCUUCAGCGACGGACGCAAAAGGAGCUCACGAAAUCUUUUAUUAUUCCAGAGAUAGGCACGUCCAUUGUAGGAUUUCAGUCUCAUGCUAGAGCCGUACUCCUUCGACGCCGAGUUGCGCAACGUAUACGCAGUCUGCAAUACUCUAGCAACAGUAUUAUCUCCUUACAAGCUCAUUGUCGAGGCCUGAUAAUGAGAAGGAAGAUGCGAUCUCAAAUAGCCAAGUUGGAAAAUGUCACCCAUGUUGUCAUUUCCAUUCAAGCUGCCGUACGCACCUAUCUAGCAAGAAAAAGAUUGCUAAUGCUCAUUCGAGGCCUGCGGAAAGCAACCAGUGUCAUUGUUGGUCUGCAAGCCCGUGCGAGAGCUAAUCUCACUCGUCAGCGCCACGUCAGUUUACAGAAGGCCUUAGUGGAUGUCAAUACCAUUAAAUCUGUUGGUCGAUUACAAGCAUUCGCAAAGGCAGCUAUCAUUCGGAAUCAGCACCGGGAGCUUGACAAAAAACUGGAUGUUGCAAUGCCUGAUGUCCUUGGUAUUCAGGCUGCAGCGCGUGGUGCCAUUCUCAGGAGAGAGUAUCAGGCCUGGAAAGAUCACAUUCAAAGAAAUCACCCUGUCGCGACCAUGUUACAAGCUCUAUUACGCGGUGCCAUGCAAAGACGCGCUUUCCGACAGAAGAUCGAUUAUUACCGGGCAAACCUGAACAAAGUUGUCAAAAUUCAAUCUUUGUUCCGAGCUAAAGAGACUCGUGAGCAAUACCGCCAGCUAACUCUGGGCAAGAAUGUGACGGUCGGGACGAUAAAAAACUUUGUACAUCUAUUGGACGAUUCGGAGGCCGACUUCCAGGAAGAAAUCAAGGUUGAAAGACUGCGUAAGCGCGUGGUUGAACAUAUUAGGGAAAACCAGGCUCUGGAAAACGACGUACAUGAUCUUGAUGUGAAAAUCGCUCUUGUCGUUCAAAACCUGAAGAGUUUUGAAGACGUGAUAAAGGCACGGAGGAGACAUGGGGGUGAUAGCGCAGCUCUGGCGGCGGCCCGAGUCUCCCUACUUGCUGCGCAUGGUGAUCCUUUCUCUGGACCAAAUACCCUGGAUCAAGAUGCUCGUCGGAAGUUAGAGCUGUACCAACAAUUAUUCUACCUGCUCCAGAUCCGAGGUGAUUACUUGACCAGACUCUUGGUUCGGCUUUCAAUGGAUGGCAAUCCCGAAUCGAGUCGCAGAUUCACGGAGCGAGUUGUCCUGACUCUGUUUGGUUAUGGCCAAGACAGGAGGGAGGAUUUCCUGCUGCUCAAGUUAUUCCAGACUGCUAUAAGAGACGAGAUUUACAAUGCGCCAUCUAUUGACGAUAUUAUAGCUGGACAUCCUAUGUACAUAAAUAUUGCCGUGCAUUAUGUUCGUCCUCGCCAAGUAACCUAUGUUCGGGACUCAUUUCAAGCCAUUAUUCGUGAGCUUAUUGACGCCGACGACCUUGACCUUGAGGCAGACCCAUCUUUAAUUCAUCGUGCUCGCCUUGACGUUGAAGAAAUGAGGUCAGGUAAACCUAGUCCACUUCCAAAGAACAUUCCUUUCAGGGAAGCUGUGGUUGAUCCCGACACAAGGGCGAUUUAUAUUCGUCAUCUUCAGGUUCUGCAGUGGUGGACAGAAGCCUUCGUCAAUGCUAUUGUGCAGUCAACCAAGAAGAUGCCAUAUUGCAUGAGAUUUCUGGCUAGAGAAACAAUCUUGAACCUGAAGGAAAAAUUCCCUGGAUUACCUGAGGAGGUUUACGGGGCAUGCGUCGCGAGACUGGUGUUUUAUCGAUACAUUAAUCCGGCUCUAAUCACCCCUGAGAUGUUUGAUAUUGUGCCCAAAACUAUUAAUAUUACAACCGCGAAGAAAAAUCUGGCGCAGAUUUCUCAAGUUCUUGCUCAGAUCGCCAGUGGUGUUGACUUUGGUGAUGACAAACCAAGCUACGUCCCUAUAAAUGACUUUGUAAGGAAGGCAAUCCUUCAAUUUUCCGCAUGGUUUAAUGAAGUUGCUGAUGUACCGGACGCGGAGACACAUUUCCAUGCUCACGAAUUCAUGGAUGCCACUGUUCAACCAAAGCCCAUUUACAUUUCCCCAAAUGAAAUAUAUACCAUCCAUUCCCUUUUGUUGCAACACCAGGAUUUUUUGAAAUCGGACCACGACGAUGCUUUGAAAGUAAUUCUAUCUGAAUUGGGUGGAGUUCCACAUCUAGACAAUGAAGAGCUUAAGGAAGCACGAGACACUGCUAUCACUUUAGAAUUAACCAACCGAUUUGCUUACGUUCAAGAUCCUCUUGCAGAAGAGAAAACACUUUGGGUACAGGCUAAACGGGGGGUUCUAGCUAUACUUCGUGUACAGCCCGCACAAGAUUUGCUGGAAUCACUGAUGCAGAGGGUCACUGAAAACGAUGAAGCUCUUUGGGAGGAAAUUCUUGAGGCUGAAAUUGAGAACGAGAUCCGCCAAAUGCCUAGGCGCCAACCAUCCACUGCUGUGAACGAUUCUGCGUAUCGUCUAGAAGAUAUUCGCUCCCUGAAGUUUGCUGCCGUUAAAGCGCUUGCUAUUUCAAAUUUGCUUGAACUCGAGAAACUUGGGAAAAUUACACGGGACGAUGGUUUCCAGGGAAUCCUCAAUGCUAUCGCCGGAGAUGUGCGAAGUAAACAUCGAAAGCGUCUUCAACGUCAACAAGAGAUGGAGAGUAUGAAUGAAGCUUUACGCCAGCUGGCCGAGCGCAAGAAAUACUUCGAGGAACAAAUUGACAGCUAUCACAACUAUGUAGAGACUGCUAUGAAUACAAUGCAGAAAGGAAAAGGAAAAAGGCGACCUGUUCUUCCUUUCAGUAAACAGUAUUUCCACCUUCGUGAUUUACAAAGGACAGGACAAGCUCCACAAUUCGGCUCGUUUCUAUACUCGGCCAAAAAGCUCUACGAUCGAGGUAUACUGCUAUCAAUUGACCAAUACUCCCCCCGCCAGUUUGAUAAAUUACAAAUCACUAUGUCAUCAAAUCGAGCUGGUGUUUUUAAUCUGUCACUUGAAUCCACGAUGCUUGGGGUUACAUCUCGCAUUGCAGCCGAAGACAUACGCAUGGAGGAUCUUCUACAGGCGAAAUAUGAGAAAAAGUCGUCUUUGCCGCUAUUUGGCGGAAAGGUCAAGGUCAAUUUUGAGCUAUUUCUUUUCCAGAUUAACAAAAAGUUCUAUGCAUAA